AUGCAGUAUUCAGUGAUCUGCCGCUUUGCGCUUGCUCUCUUUUCGAUAUCAGUGCCUCUUGUUAGCGGUGCCGACUCUCGUUCCUGCACAGGGAAUAAAAGGUUAAACGCCGGAGAUUUUACUCUCAAAGAAUCAGCCGACAAUACCCAUCUAUCUGCUCUUGCAAAACAUUUUGAGGGUACGGGGAAGAAUGUCAGUGUCACGGCUGUCUUCGAAUCGGCAAAUAGAGUCCUGAACAAGGGGUCACCCUCUGUUGGAACGGGAUCCCCAUCAGAAGCAUGGGCAUGGAAUUCGGGUGACUACAAGACUACCAAAUGGGUACCACAAGGAAUCACCAGUUCUGCAGAUGCUCUUGGAGCUGGAAAGUGGAAUGACCACGAAGCCUGGAUCGUUAGCUGGCAUCGUGACGAUGGGGACAGUGUUCGCCUCAGCUUCGUGGAUCGUAAAACGCACGAAUAUCGCCAUGUUCUCCUGGUUUACCCUACAGCCGAUGACGACUUCAAGGAGAUUGCUAUCCAUGCCGGUGGUAUUAUGUGGUACGGUGAUGUUCUCUUCGUCGUGGACACCAAUAUUGGUAUUCGGGCUUUUGACCUGAACAACAUCUGGGAGGUUGACAUUGCGGAUCCUGUUGGCAAGAACGGCGACGGUUUCUCUGCUGCUGGAUACAAAUAUGUUCUGCCUCAAGUCCGGUUAGUAGUAUUUUCUAGUAGGAUAGUUCGCCAUUCGAUUUAUACUUACAAAAUUCCUAGCUACUACAAAUGGACCCCUGGCGACUCGUCUCCGUUCCGCUUUUCAUGGAUGUCUCUUGACCGCAGCGACUCUCCCGAUACUCUCCUGGUUGGCGAGUUCGUACGUGAUGGUGAAAAAUAUAAAAAUGGCGAUGAUGUGCCCAUUCGACUUGUCAAAUACGAGCUCGACUCGACCACUCGCCGCCUUCGCACUGAUGACAAGGGCAUAGCCACUUCAAGCUGGGCCCAUUGUGUUGAUAUUCUCCGCAUGCAAGGUGGUGUCUCAUAUAAUGGCAAGUUCUAUCUCAGCCGGAGCAAUGGUCGAGAUCCCAAGGCCGGUGACCUUUUCACCUGGGAAGAGGGCAAGGCAGCGCAACAAUUUCCUGGUUGGUUCAUGGCUGGGAACGAAGACCUUAGCUUCAAUCCCGUGCGAAAGGAGUACUACACAGUUACCGAGUAUGAUGGUGGACGUUACAUCCUGUCCUACAAGGCAUGA